GGAGGAAACGGUCUCUCUUGAUGCUUUUACUCACAGCUGGAAACUGGAUGAGCUGCGGAUCGUGUGCGUGGAUAUGCAGCACUCCCCUCUCCUCCACCUCUCUUCGCGUCCUUCUCUCCUCCACCUCUCUUCGCGUCCUUCUCUCCUCCACCUCUCUCCGGUGCAGCUGUCCUGCUCGGUGAUGUCAAGACUUUGGAAGCGGGAGUGAUCGAGCCGGAGAUUUGUGAGAUUACUGCAUAGCGCAAGACAACAAGGCGUUGGGAUAUAACUUACAAGUUUGCAGCCCUCUCCGGAUGCAUGUAGCCCGUUUCCUUGAAGCCCUGAACUCCCCACCGUGCGGUUUCCAACAUGGGUGUUGACUGAAUGGAGGAGGUAUGAAGAUGCACUUGUGAAGGAUUAAAUCUGCGCUCACUAAUCCCUGGACCAUGCAGAUGCUGCCGCCGAGGACGUUGUUUGUGUUGUUAGCCCACGCGCACGUACUUCUGUCUCUAAGAAACAAUGGAGAAGUACGAGCGACAGAGGACCGCAACACCAGCAGCUCGUACUCUGCGUGGACUUUCCACGGGCCGCCGCGGGAGAGUCACCAACACAAAGCCCGGGACCGCGCGCUCUCGUCGGGCUACGCCACAGGUGCGUCCUCGGCGGAGCUGCAGGCGCAACGGGCAAUUAUACGAGGGCCCCUGAACUCCACUCAUCCUUGGAAGAGGGUAAUUGCCGGAGAAACGAGGCGAAUUGGACACAACAAACGCGACUUCAGUAGGACUGGGACACCCGUGGAGGGUCCCAACGCCGUCCCGACGCGCCACCACAAUAAGCGGAUAAAGUUGAAUGGCGGUCUUAGUAGUACGGGGACGCCAGCAGGUGGACACUACAAUGCGGCUAAGCCCUCAUCAAUGGGCCGGGGAGACGGAGGAGGGGGUCCCGAGGAGGGUGACAGGCACAAGAGAGGGACAAAAGACGAGCAGAAGAAAGCCUCCAGGAGGGGGAGAAACCGGCUGAACAAAAGCUCGGGGGUCUUGGCUCAGCAUCACGCGUCGUUGUGGGAACCCAUCCCCAAGCCGGUGGCCCUCACCUCCACCGACCUGCCCUUUGACCUCUUCACCAGGAGGACCGAGUUCAUCACGUUCAGGGAGGAGAACCCCUGGGACGCCACGCCGAUCACCCCUCCCAGCUCGCAGGAUUUCGGGGACGAGAUCAAGAACCCCUUUUACCCGGUGACAAGUGAGACAUACGGCGCUUACGCCAUCACGUGCGUCUCCGGGGUCAUUUUCCUGGUGGGGAUAGCCGGCAACAUUGCCAUCCUGUGCAUCGUGUGCCAGAACUAUUACAUGAAGAGCAUCUCCAACUCGCUGCUGGCCAAUUUGGCUGUCUGGGAUUUUGUGCUCAUCUUCUUCUGCCUGCCCAUGGUUGUCUUUCAUGAACUGACAAAGUCCUGGCUGCUGGGGGAAUUCACCUGCAAAGUGGUGCCCUACGUGGAGGUGGCCUCCCUUGGCGUAACCACCUUCACUCUGUGCGCUCUGUGCAUCGACCGCUUCCGUGCGGCCACCAAUGUCCAGAUGUACUACGAGAUGAUCGAGAACUGCACCUCCACGACUGCCAAGCUAGCCGUCAUCUGGAUCGGGGCUCUCCUAUUGGCCCUGCCAGAGCUCCUCAUCAGACAGCUGGUGGUCGAGGACACAGGAAUGCCAGACGAGCCUCCCGUUGAACGCUGUAUUAUCAGGAUAUCCACGUCCCUUCCUGACAUGCUCUACGUGCUGGGCUUGACCUACGAGGGCGCUCGGCUGUGGUGGUGCUUCGGCUGCUACUUUUGCCUGCCCACCCUCUUCACCAUCGGGUGCUCCUUGGUGACGGCGCGCAAGAUCCGGCGCGCCGAGCAGUCCAGCGUGCGCAGCAACAAGAAGCAGAUUCGGCUGGAGAGCCAGAUGAACUGCACCGUCGUGGCGCUGGCGAUCGUCUACGGUGCGUGCGUGGUGCCCGAGAACAUCUGCAACAUAGUGUCUGCAUACAUGGCGGCGGGUGUCCCCGAGCACACCAUGUCCGUCCUCCAUCUUCUCUCCCAGCUGCUGCUCUUCUGCCGGGCCGCCGUGACGCCCGCGCUGCUGCUCCUCCUGUGUCGCCCGCUGGGCAGGGCCUUCCUGGACUGCUGCUGCUGCUGCUGCUGCAACCACGCGCCCUCCUCGGCCACCGCCAGUGACGAUAACGAGCACGAGUGCACCACCGAGCUGGAGCUGUCGCCGUUCAGCACCAUCCGCAGGGAGCUGAGUAACUACACACCUGCUGGCUCCAACUGCUGAACAGACGUUCCUCAUCAGGGAUGAUUUCACUCGCCCGUGGCAGACUACGCUAGGGGAGGUAUGCCUUACCUAGUCUGGUCACAUUUUUAAAUGGGUGCAUGAAGGAAGUUGGACACUGAAUAAUCACAUUCAGCCAGUGUCCUACAUCCUCAACUUUCAUUCCUUACAAUAAUUAUGUACACUUACAGUAACUGUAUAACCCAGGAAAUCUAACAAAGAGCAAACUCUUCUUUCACUCGUGCCCUGGAGUGCUCUUAAAACAGGGUCAGUACAUAUGUUUAGCAAUCCUGCCUGAAACCUUUAAAACUUACAAACUUCCCUGCUGUAGACCGUAUAUGCCUGAAUAUCAUUGGACAGUUGGGAUGACUGUCUCAUGUCUGGUUCCACAGAAGAAGUUAAAUCAAGUUAGAUUCUUUAGAUUACAUUACAUAAUUAUUUCCCACAGGCCUCGUGCUAGAAGUGGCAGUAAAAGGUAAAACUAUUUAUCAUGGACAUGAUAGUACAGAUUGUGUCCCGAUAUUUGUUAAAAUUACCAGAAUAGUUUAAGACGAUAAGUGGAUUUGGCCACCAUUAAUAAUAAUAUGUAUGUAUGGGAAACUGUACUGAACCUGUAUCUUAAGGGAGAUAUAAUCAAUACGAAUCACCUUCUAAAUGUGUCACUGUGGAAAUUAUGGGUAUUGGCUAAUUAAUCAUAGAGUGCAACCUUGUAUAAUAACUCAAAUACGGCAUCGAGCUGUACGUGUGGGCUGAUACAGCCUUCAGAAAUACAGGACUCAAUUUACAGAGCACAGCCGCUGUAAUAGUACAGUUCAUGUAGUGCUCCACACGUGGGAACAAGGCUUACAAUAAUUAAACUAUAGCGCAGGGCGUCUCCGCAGUCAGGCAAGAGGAAAAAACAGAGAGGAUGGCGGAUUGGAGGAUCCAAAUGUACACGCCAACAUUGACACUGUAUAUACAGGUAAAAUAUACAGGUGACUAAAAACAUAACUGGGCUGGUCUCAGAGAUACAUAAACACGGACCUGAGUGGAAUUAAAAGGUUUGGAAUGGACUAAUUGAAGUGAAAAUAGAGUGGAACGCAAUCAAAUGAAACACUGCAGAUGAAAUUGAAUGGAGAGAAUAUGAAUUCAGUGGAAAGUAAUGGAACAUAACACCGUGGAAUAUAAUUGAAACUGAUGGACUCAGCGUGGACUGGACUAAAAAUAAAUAUCUGCACUACACUGUUGCAUCAUGUCACGCCUUACACUUUGGGCUGUAUAUAUAUGCUGUACACUUUCUUUGGUGCUCUUAUGAUGAAUGCGCUGUAAACAACAAAUCCAUCUGUUCCACUUAGAUUCUCAAGUAAUUGAGCUGCACGAUAUUUCUUUUGGUCAAGGACACAGUUGUGUGUUGAAUACAUGGACAUUAGUGGGGUACAAGAAUACAAAAAAUAAAAAUCAAUGUCGAGGGUCACACGGCUGCAAUACAGACAGUUUGGAGAGAUCGCCUGAAUUGAGUGUAAAUACUGCCCUUAUCAACAAGGAUGGUAACACUUUAUUUUACACCAGGUCCUGAUUAAUGAAAAGAUAAUUACUUGUAAUAAAUAGUGUAGAGACUUGGAAUAGAUGCAAUAAUUAACUAGUGUUUACAUAUUUUUAUUAUUACGUUGAUAAAUAAAUUUAAUUGCUGGUAAUUAGUUAUGAGAUGUAACAUAUUAACAUGGAUAGUGAUGAUCAAUACAAGGUAAUUGCAGCAUAAUUUAAUUAUUAUCACAACCAAGUGCCAAUGCUGUAUUGUAACUAUUGUAACUGCCGGAUUGUAAUUAUAAGGGAAAUUAUAUAUUUGAACCAAUAAUCACAGUUAGUAAAUAUCAAGUAGUUUUUCAUUUUCUUUUUUAUUUACUUACAAUUCCUGUAGUAACUGUAAAAUGAAGUGCUACCUCAAGAAGGUAAAUGAUCUCGAAAGCAAGACAACAAUUGACUGUUUCCUAAUCCCCUCCUUCGAAUCGUGAUCCAUAGUUAUCCAUCACAACGAGGCAGCUCAGUAACUUUAGCCUGUCCUCCAGCGUUGAGCCCAUAGUUUAGUUAGCGAGCUAGUUACAGCUACCAUUAUUUAUCCGUUAUCAGUCUCUAGCCAGCCAUCUGCGGCUCCUUCUGUCUGAAAUGAAGGACCCUCUGUAUCAAUAAGAAGUGUGAGUGGUAAAUAUGCCGCCGGUAUCUGCAGGUGUCGUUUGAGCAAAGAAAGCUUCACAACUGUAACGGUAACCUCAGGGGGGGCGUGGCUUUACAGACGGUCAAUUUUACAGUGUUCUUUUUUAUUUUUUACCUCCAACACCCUUUGCAGUUUAAUUACUUGAGUGUUUAAGGAGAACCAAUGAAAUGUUUUCCCCAGUGUAUAAAUGUACAAGUGUAUUGUACUGUAACUCUCUUUUCUUAAUCCUACCGAUCAGACCUGGGUCAAAAGGUUAAAACCACUAUUACAACCUAAUGCAGUGCAGGUCAUUUAAAGUCGUACUGGAAGCUGAACCCGCCAAACCAUUUAAUAUACUGUGUGAUAUCAUAGCGGAGGAAAUGACACUUAAAGGCCUUUAUUUUGCUUGUUUAACCUCAUAGAAAAAACUUGUUCAAUGUGUGUGACUAAAAUGAAUGGUAGUGCACUCUGUGAUGACCCAGGUGUGAUAUUCAGUGGUAUCCUAUAUAUUGCGAUGAAUCUGAAUACGAUUCUGCACUGCCAAACACCUAUUCUCUGUCUGUCUCUUGUGCUCUUGUGGUAGUAGCAAACUAUCUCUGGGUGUCUCUCUCAGCGUGGAGGUCAGUUUUCCCUCAGCACCAUCAAUACAAGAAGAAGAAUUUUACUACGAAACAUAAAUCCCAACAGGUUUGACGGCACCCAGGGCCAAAGACGUGGAUAAAGGGUGUUCCAUGCCACAGCUGGAAGCAGCAACCCUUUGGCUUUAAUGAACUACGGUUUAUGAGCUCCAAGAGAGUCAGGUGGGUGGAGCCUCUGGUUGUGCUGUCUUCAGUUCAUCGAGUUAAUAGAGGAAAUGGGCAGAAACAAAGCACCACUGCAUCAUAAUGCCCUGCAGCCUGUUUGACAACUCUUUUUUAUUACCAACACUAUCAGGCUAUUGUGAGCCGAUGUGUAAGCCUGUCCAGGGAUCUCAGUUUAUAUGCCCUCGCACCAGCUCAGUUUCUACCCAUUAAAAGGACUUGUAAGAGAUUUUUGUAUUUAGUUGAGUGAGCUUAAGUCUUGAUAUCCCACUUUAUCUUCUUUUGUUUUGAUGUGACGAGUGUACACUGACCUCCUGAAACGUAUUCUCUUUCGCUGCAUCUUUCCUGGGAGUGCAGCUCGUUCUAAAUGGCUCGGUGUGUAGUAACGUGGUUCAAACUAUUGAUGAAGUGAUUCUUGUAAAUCAGUCAGUGAGACGUUUAUUCUGAAUUGUGUGAGUUUCCUCUUCACUCUGAGCAAAUUGUGUCUGUAUUUGAUACCUGAAAAUGUAAGCACACAGCCACUAUUGUCUCGAAGUCUAGUCACUGGUUUCUAAAUAGCUUUUUAUAUAGCCAAAAAAACUGUCCCUUUGUUUAUCAAAGAACUUUAUCUUGAAAACUGUAUAUUAAAAUCCUAAAUGUAC